CCGACGUCACUUCCGGGCCGCGGCGGCCAAAAUGGCGACGGGGGGGGCUGGCCGGGGCCGGGUGAGUCGCGCAGGUUUCAUGUAAUCACAGGAAUUUCCUUCUGUUUAACUUCUCAGAUUACGUCAGGAUUUCAGAAUGAAUCAGUGUCCUUUGUUGACAACUUGUAAUGCCAGAACUCAACCGGGCCUUCAGGAUCAGUUGAGACUUUGGCCGAUGUCCCCGAGCACAUCCUCAAAGGGCUUCCGGAGGAAGUGAGGCUCCUCCCGUCCACUGUGGACAAGGCCCGGCUUGGUGUCUGGGCCACAAAGCCCAUUUUCAGAGGCAGGAAGUUUGGCCCCUUCGUUGGUGACAAGAAGAAAAGGUCCCAAGUCAAAAGCAAUGUGUACAUGUGGGAGGUCUAUUACCCAAACUUAGGGUGGAUGUGUGUGGACGCCACGGACCCGGCAAAGGGGAACUGGUUGCGUUAUGUGAACUGGGCUCGUUCAGGAAAGGAGCAGAAUCUUUUCCCGUUAGAAAUCAAUCGGAGCAUUUACUACAAAACGUUAAAGCCAAUUGAGCCUGGGGAUGAGCUCCUGGUCUGGUACAAUGGGGAGGAGAACCCGGAGAUAGCAGCUGCCCUGGAAGAAGAAAGGGCCAGCCACCGCAACAAGAGGAACUCCCCCAAGGCCAAGAAAGCAAAGAAAAAAGCCCCCGAGGCUAAAAACAAAGGAAAGAAAGCCAAGGAUAAUAAGCGGAAGCUGUCUUUGGAGGGUCUGGAUUUGACCCCUUUCGACAUGAGGGAGACCAGAGAAGGCCAGAAGCUGGAGGACGAAGCCCCAACGGUUUCAGCGGUGUUGCCCAUUGACCAGGCCGCCGUCAUCCAGGAGAUGGUGAAUCAAGACGUGCUACCCAGCCUACUCAUCUCCAGCGCGACCUGCGAGGCGCCCACCACGCCUGAGGACCAGCCAGAAGUCGUCCGGUGUAGAUCAAGAGGUUCGGAGGAGGGUCUUGAGCAGCAGGAGGAGCAGGACGAGGACGAAGAGCAGGAGCCCCUGGAGGAAGUGGGAGAGGAAGAAGAUGAGGAAGAGCCUCAGGAGGAGGAGGAGGAGGAAGAGGAGGAGCGCUUCUCGAAAGAAAAUCCAGAGGUGGAGUCGGGGUCAGCGUAUGGGGACAGGCUGGUGGUGGAGUCUGCAGAGGAGCAGAGCAGCCUCUCGGAAGACUCCCCCGAAAGCUCCCCCAAGAAAAAGCCCUCGGGGAAAUGUCCCAAGGUGAGGGGGGAGCCCAGCACCCAGGGGGCGCCCAUGUUUCCCUGCCAACACUGCGAAAGGAAGUUCACCACCAAGCAGGGCCUGGAGCGCCACGUGCACAUCCACAUUUCUGCCAUCAGCCACGCCUUCAAGUGCCGCUAUUGUGGCAAGGCCUUCGGCACACAGAUCAACCGCCGGCGCCAUGAACGGCGCCAUGAGGCCGGGCCCAAACGGAAGCUGCUCUCACCCUUGGCCUGUGCCCAGCUGCCCAGGACCAGCCCUGGGGCUGCCGAGGGGAGUGUCCAGAAUGAAGCCAAGGCCGGACAGGAGGCCCCUGCCCCGGAGACCGAGAGAGUCGCCUCCAAAACACCACCCCCUCCACUGCCUUUGGAGGAGAGCAGGGAGCCCAGGGAAUCGCACCCGUGCCAGUACUGCAGGAAAGUAUUUGGCACCCACACCAACAUGCGUCGGCACCAGCGGAGGGUCCAUGAGCGGCACCUCAUCCCCAAAGGUGUCAGGAGAAAACCAGAAGAACCCCAGGCUCCCGUGGGCCCAGCCCAACACGCCCCCAGCACGUACCUGGCCAGCACAGACCUGGAGGAGGAAGAGGAGGAGGAGGAGGGCGAGGCAGAUGACAUCAUGGAUGUUUCCAGCAACAUCUCGGAGAAUCUCAACUACUACAUUGAUGGCAAGAUCCCGUCCAACAGCAGCACUAGCAACUGUGAGGUGAUUGAGGUGGAACCCGCCUCCGCCGAAGUCUACGGCAUCAACUGCCUGUUGAGUCCCGUGACGGUGGAGAUCUCUCCCAAUGUCAAGGCGGUGCCGGUGCACCUGGUGGAGGAGUCGAAGGAGCCUACUAUUGGCGGGACGCCCGAGGCCAAAAAGAGGAGGACAGCGAGUCCCCCGAUGCUGGCCAAGGUGAAGACGGAAAUGGACCCGGAGCCCAUCACGUCGCUGUGUUCCUUGACGAUUCCCCUCACCAUAUCGACCGUGGAGAACCUGCCCUUCCCCAGAGAGAAGGGUGUUUAUUUGUCCUCCAAGCUGAAGCAGCUUCUUCAGACGCAGGACAACAACAAGGUGGCCCCCUCCCCCCCUUUACCGGCAGGGGAGAUCCCAAAGCUGGGGCUCCCCGCGGCCUCCCCUCUCCUCCCGGCCACCUCGAGCAGGUUCAAGCGGCGCACCAGUUCCCCGCAGCACAGUCCGGGCCUUCGAGACCCCGGCAAAGCCAGCGAGGGCAAGCCCGCUUGGACCGAAGCAACCCUGAGUGCGAAGCCUCCCAAGCUGGAGAGGCAGAGCAACUCCCCCUCGUGGACUCUGUCUGGGAGAGAAGAGAGGGAAGCGCUGAGUCCAGAAGAAUUCAAGGCCACCAGGGAGUGGGCACCAAGCCCCCCCUUUGGAAAUGUGUGCAACCAGCAGCCCUUGGACCUGUCCAGCAACGUGAAGCAACGGUCGACCGGGAAGACCUGGGCCCAGCCAUCUUGGGAGUCCGUGCUGGACCUCAGUGUGCACAAGAAGCCGUGCAGCGAUGGGGAAGGCAAGGAGGUGACUCCGCCAGCAGGGGGCGCAAUCAAGAAGAAGCCCACCACCUCCAUGUUGCAGAAGGUCCUGCUCAAUGAAUACAAUGGGAUGGGCUUGGGGCCCGAAAGCCCCUCCCCGGACACAAGCCCAAGGCCGAAUGCUUGCAAGCUAGCCGAAGCCCCAGAACCGCAGCCUGGCCCGGCUCCCCCAGCCCCUGGGGCAGAGUUCGGCUGCUCUGGCCUCACCGCCGCCGAGGUGCCUUUGCUGCCAACCUCAAGCUGCCCGGCACCAUCGGCCUCUCCCUCCCAUCCUCCAUGCCCUCCCAUGCUCCAGGCCCCCACACCUCCCCCUCCUCUCCUUCCCACUGUUCCUUCACCCCUCCCGGAAGACCCCAGCAGCGGCAGCAGCAGCAGCACCCCAAGCUCCUGCCCGUCUCCCCUGUCCAAUGCCACAGCUCACUCCCCACUGCCCUUCCUUUCCCCAACUGUCUCGGCCUCCCCACUUCAUUCUGUAGAGCCUCUUGGCUGCGCUUCACCCGGGCCACCCACUCUCUCUUCGUCUUCCUCCUCCCCCUCCUCCUCUUUCUCUUCCUCUUCCUCUUCCGCCUCACCGUCCUCGUCUCCUUCCCCGCCUCCCCUGUCAGUGGCCUCUUCCAUCCUCUCUCCGGGGGACCAGCUGGAGAAUUCAGCCCUCCUGGUGACUUUCAAGCAAGAAGAGGGCGAGGCCAGCGGUCAGAGGCUGAGGGACAGCCCCCAGCCUUCCAGCGCGGCAGAGGCCACCCAGGAGAGCUUCAGCAAGAGCUUUGUCUGCAACGUCUGCCAGGCCCCCUUCCUCGCCAUCAAGGACCUCACCCGGCACCUGUCUGCUCAUGCCGGGGAGUGGCCCUUCAAGUGCGAGUUCUGCGUCCAGCUCUUCAGAGAGAAGGCGGCCUUGUCAGAGCACCGGUUCCUGCUCCACGGGGUGGGGAACAUCUUUGCCUGCUCCGUCUGCAAGAAGGAAUUUGCUUUCCUAUGCAACCUGCAGCAGCACCAGCGAGACCUGCACCCCGACAAAGAAUGCAGCCACCACCAGUUCGAGAGCGGGACUUUGCGCCUGCAGAAUUUCACCGACCCCAGCAAAGCCAGUGCGGAGCAGAUGCAGAGCCUGCCCAGCGCUGGCCUACAGCCCUCCAAGGAGGAGGAGGAGGAGGAGGAGAUGGAGGAGCUGAACGACUCCUCCGAAGAGCUCUACACCACCAUCAAAAUCAUGGCGGCCGGGGUCAAGCCAAAGGGUCCUGACGUCCGCAUGGGCCUCAACCAACACUACCCCAGCUUCAAGCCUCCCCCGUUCCAGUACCACCACAGGAACCCCAACGGCAUCGGGGCCACGGCCACGAACUUCACCACCCACAACAUCCCCCAGACCUUCUCCACUGCCAUCCGCUGCACCAAGUGCGGGAAGAGUGUGGACAACAUGCCCGAGCUGCACAAACACAUCUUGGCUUGCGCAUCUGCCAGUGACAAAAAGCGGUACACGCCGAAGAAGAACCCCGUGCCCCUGAAGCAGGCCGUCCGCCCUAAAAAUGGGGUGGUUUUGCCCAGCCCAGCUGGCAGCGCCUUCCGCCGCGUGGGCCAGCCCAAGAAACUCGACUUCGGCAUGGAGGCCAGUCGGGUGGCCUCCAACAAGCUGAAACUCAGCGCCCUGAAGAAGAAGCAGCAGCUGGUCCAGAAGGCCAUCCUGCAGAAGAAGAAGUCGCAGCAGCAGCAGCAGCAGCAGCAGCAGCGGGCAGAGCUCAAGACUGGCAGCACGGAGCCCAGUGCCCACAUCUGCCCCCACUGCAGCAGGGAGUUCACCUAUAUCGGGAGUCUGAACAAGCACGCCUCCUACAGCUGCCCCCAGAAGCCCCCUUCCUCCUCCUCCUCCUCCUCGAAGAAGAAGAAGGCCAAGAAGAAAGCCGGGGGCUCAUCUCUUGGAAGCGGCAAGAGUGGCACCAACCCCCGUCGGCGAACGGCCGAUGCCGAGAUCAAAAUGCAGGGCUCUGCCACACAGCUGGGCAAGACUCGCGCCCGCAGCUCGGGGCCCACGGCCGUCCAGCUGCCCUCCCUCAAGCUGAAACAGGGUGUCAAGUUCCCCAAAAAGGGCCACCACCCUCCUCCGUCUGUGGCCAGAAGCGUGGGCCCAGCCAGAGUGGGCAAGGCAGUCCCAGUGGAGGGGAAGCGGAGCAAGGGGGCCGCCAAGAGUGCCCCCCCUCCCGGACUGCUGGGCAAAGCCUCGCGCAAGCUGCACAUCCGCAUCCAACGCAGCACAGCGGCCCUGGGCGGCCAGAGGAAACCCGCUGACCGGUUCAGUGGCAAGUUGCGGGAAAGGGUGGGGGGGCCCGUCACCCGGAGCCUGCAGCAGCAGCAGCAGCAGCAGGGAACCUCUGCGGAGGCCACGGAGGCCCGAAGGGAGGAGAGCACAGCCAGGCCGGAGCUGAAGGACACCAGGAGCUUCCCGUGAGGAGACCUUACAGCUGAACCCUCCAGACGUGUAAAUGAGAUUUUCCUGGUCCGGGGCUCGGCCCCCCUGACGACCAGCAGCCGCAGGCGCAGCAGCAGCAGCAGGAGGAGGAAAGCAGACGCUCCAUCCUCCCAACAGGCAGAGCCGAGGAUGCAGUCGGCAGCUGCCAACAGGCUCGCCCAGAGCCGGCUCUGGUUGCCCUCCCCACCCCACAGCCACGCCUGGCGAUUCUUAGCUGCAGGGAGAAGACCCUCCCGCGGAAUGGGGUUGCCCCUCUCCUCCUCUGGCAGCCCUGGGCUUCUUACAAAGGACUCGAUCCGGUUCCCCGGGAGCAAAUGCCACCUUGGGCUUCUUGCUUGGGCACCUGGCUUUCACCUGGCGCAAUAAGGAGGGAAGCAGAUUAAAAACUCAAUGCGGGGAGGGGUCUUGCCAAACGAGAGGGCCCGGGCAAGUAUCAGGGAUGACAACGGGCUCACGUGGCACUCAAAGUAAGUCAUGGUCACCCCGUCUGCCAAGGCCUUGGGGUCAGGCCAGGGACCCCUCCCCGCUUCUCCCCACCGCCUCUUCCCUGCUAGCUUUGGGGCCAGCCGCUGCUUUUCAGCCCUUGUGGGGGGAGCAGGAGGGGCGCCAGUGUGCUAAAAGAUUCCCUCUCCCAAGUUCCCCUGAGCUGGACGUCUGAGGUUUGGUGGUGGAUGACCAGCAGGAGACGGGGGGGGGGGGGGGGGGGGGGGGGGGGCUGGCGGGGGGGGGGGCGGGCAAGGGCCCCCCCUUUCCCUUGUAAAUCUCCCCCCCCCCCCUCAAUUUUCCCGGAGAGGCGGCUCCCUCUUUCCCCCCAACCUCGCCUUCCAUUUGGGUGAACAGCAAUCGCUUCAUUUGAUUCCCCCCCCCUCCCAAUUUUUUAAAAGUUACUUGUCCUUGACUUUAAAAAGUGAUCUACCUCUUAAAAUUUGAAGUUUUGGUAUUUUGGGGGUGACUUCAUGCCACUUGAACCCCGCCCCUCUUGCUAUCAUUCCCUUUUGUCUUUUUGGUUGCGUUUCUUCUGAUUCACGGGGGACAUCUACACCCAACAGUUGUAUAAAGCAUUCAUAGCAAGUUUGGAAAGGGGGGAAUAAAAUAUUUAAAAUUAUUUAAAUUGUUUUUGACACUUCAGUUGUAUUAUAUGUGAUUUACAUUUUACAUUGAUUUGUUUCUGUGGGAGAGGAGGGGCUCUUGGAUUAAAGUUUGCUGUUCUGUAGUUCAUUUCCCCCCUUUCUUCUUGUCGGAGAGCGAUGCAAAGACUAUUCUAUUAAAAACAUUAAAAUUUCCAAUUUG